AUUCACAACAAAACAAUUUUCAGACUGUUUCCAAAAGAAGAGAUAAGUUGACCAGAGCUCCAGAGAAAGAGCAAGACACUAACUCAACUGACUACAAUCAGCAUUCAAAAUACAGGGUCACGUAAGUUCUCUGUGUUUCUCGUCCGGACCGGCAUUUUACAUUUUAAACCUGUUUCUCGAUCACUGACUUCACGAAAUGUCCGGAAACUCUGCAGCAAAAGGUGGCGGCGGUGAGCCAAGCAUGCACGAGGUGAACAUGCAGCGAGAGUCCUGGUGUACGGUAGAGAUGAACAGUCGACAGGACUGGUGCCGUGCAGAACGGAAACACAACAAAGACGCUUUCAAAAGUUCUGCAUUCAGUGAGGACCAGACCCCGGACAGUGAGUCCAGGUGCACAUUCAAAGUCAACGAUAAAACACAUCGAGAAAGGAGACACUACCCGAAUAAGUCGUAUUACAGUCAUCUAGAAAUUUAACUACACUUUUGGCAGAAGUUAUAAGUGGGCUGUGUGCAAACGUCACGUUUUAUCCGUUCGUCAUUAUUAAGCCCCUAUGAUAGGCUUCCAGUAUCUCAUCGGAUUUGAACCUUAUUCAAACAUCAGUAUUACACCAGGAAUUCAACAAUCAGCGUCACACAAUGGAGCAAAGACAUGAAAACUGCAGAUCGUCUUAACUAUUAAACACCGGGAAAAGGUACAAUUUGGCUGAUCAAGAAUUUUCUAUUAUGUCUUAAUAGCAGAUUCUGGAAUUAACUUCCUUUGAGUAUACUCUCCUGGAGAUACUCCUAUAUAGAAUGCAAAUUUUGUGCGUAUUCCAACAUUGGGAAACGUUUCAAUGUUUGUUUUCUUUUCGCAUUGAAGGAAUGUGCAAGGAACCUAUAGGGCCUAAGUGGUCCCAAAAAUGUUUGAAUCCUGGCAAGACUUGCACGGUCUAUUUACACCAAUCAUCACAAACAAAUAGUUUCCUAAUUGUAAGUUUAUGUAGUCUCAAUCAUACCCAAACCUUUAACAUCCAAGUGCCUGUUUUAAAAAAUUUUGUUCUGGAUUGAGGACUGCACUACAAAACUGAUGCUGCGGGAUCAGUCGUUGAUUUUACCAAACUCUUCCUAAAUCCCGAUUCAUUCUUCAUGCGAAUGCGAAGUGAAUGUUGACGUCACCAAAUUCGCAACGAAUUUCGCAGCAGUUCAGCUCUGGGCAACUCACUUGUGAAUAUCGUUGUGAAAGGAUAGUUGUGAAGUAAAAUUCGCUUCGCAUUCGCAGGAAGUAUGAAGCUGGCUUAACUUGGGAUUAAUCUUAAGACUUUGGACAUGUUCAGUUUCUUAUCCGAAGACGUUAGGACGCAUUGAACUAAGUUAGGACAGGUUACUCAUCCCAACUCAAGAUAGGAUUAAUCCUUACAUUUCGUUAAAUCGGCUGCAGGUCAGUUGUGGUGUUGGAUUUUGUUGGAGUUGGGUCGGGGAAGGAUCAUAGUAGAUCACUCAAUGGACAGUUUAUAGGUUUGAGAUAAUGGAGAGUUUAAUGAACUCUUUGCAAACUUUUGUUGGGUCGAUGCCACCAAAGCCAGUAUUUUAUUUUACAACUAACUUCACAGUCAGUUUUAUACUUUUAACAAUUACAUUUUGUACUUUUUCAAAAUAUUACUUUACUCAUUUCUUACUUUUAAACUCAUUUAGUGCACAGCACACACUUUUGUUUCUAUUAAAUGCACUCAUAUUCAUUCUAUGCAAAUAAAGCAACAAUUUUUAUUUUCGCACUUUAUGUUCUCAAAAAUCGUUUUCUAGUGUUCUACAUAAAUUCUUUUUAUAUCAUUCAUUCACUUAUAUGGUUUAUACAAAAAUUGCGAUUAAGUUCUGUGUAAUGUUUUUACCAAGUGGAAAUUUUGCUUUGGUAUGUAUUUGUACUGUUUUAUUUUUGUUGCUGAUUAUUAUUAACUAUUAAAGACACUGGACACUAUUGGUUAUUGUCAAAGAC